CAACCGUGAGUAGAGUAACAGCGAUUGCGCAGGACGCUGGUCGCAGGGCUGGCAGUGGCGGCAGGACGGAGGUCACGCAUAGUUAGAGUAGCGGUGGCGCAGCGAAUGCGCGAAGUCGCCACUGGUAGCCACGUGACGCCGUCUGACGCCACUUGACACCGCGGAACACUGAGUGACACCGAGUGACAUCGAGUGACGCCCGCGCGUACGUCAACGGGAAUGCAUAAAUGUUGGGCAAAUAAAAAUCUACCCUCAGUAAAGAAUCCAGGAUAUUAGCAUUAGAUAAUGUUUUAAAACGGCGUAGACACGAGUGCAUUGUUUAUGCAAAGAAUGCGUGAAGCGUUCGUUGACGGCGCAUCGCGGGGGGCGACGAGGGCUCCAUGGGCAAUGCUGUUGUUGGCGCUGCUGUUCCUAAACGCGCCUCGCUCUCUCGCGCAAGACGACGAAAAUCUCAGCCAGACGGGCAACGAUUACAAGCGGUGUGUUCGGAGGCAUGACCACAGAGAAGGUGUGUGCGUACAUUUCACGCAGUGCUACAAAAACUACUCCCUGGCAUUCGGCGGAAACCUCUUUAACUAUGAGAUCAGGGACGGCGAGCCUCCAAUUAAGGAUUGCGGCCGCGACAAGUGGUGCUGCACAGAUGACACCGACGUGACCGCGCCGCUCCCCACGCCGGCGCACCCCGCCGACGGCGGCGCCACGCCGGCCGCGGGGACGGGGAACUGUCUGCGAGCCUUCGACGUAUGUCCGUGGUGCGUCGCCCUCUACAGAUGUGUGGUGUGUGACAGGCCGGGCGGCGACUUGAGCCGCGGUCAUAUCACGGAGUCCGGCCUGUACUGCGGCGGCGCGCUGGUCGGCCCCCGCGUGGUGCUCACCAGCGCCUCGUGCAUCGCAACCGUCGGCGAGGAGAGCGUGUGGGCGCGCGUGCCGGCCUCCGCCGCGCCCGCGCGCCGCUACUCCGUGCUCGACAGGCUGCGCCACGCCGGCUACAACUCCGGUAACGGCAAAAACGACUUUGGACUUAUGGUCUUAAAGGAUUCAGUCGAGUUCGCAGCGAGCCCCUUCAGUGCAUGCGUCAGCUUGUCGCCGCCGCCCGCCGCCGGCUGCCGCGCCGUCGGCUUCGACAACCUCGAACGAGUCGUGCUGACGCCGGUGUCCCUGCGUGACGGAGACUGUCCGCCGCGCAACCGCUCCAUCCCGGACCUGACGUGCGCCGCGGCCGCCGCGCCUUCAUCCACAUGCCACAUCUCGCCCGGCGCGCCCCUGCUCUGCCCCGCCGGCGACGCCCAGGGCGGGCUUGCGCUGAGCGGCGUGGUGCGGCGCGCCUGCCGGGCGGGCUCCGCGCACGUCGGCAAGCUGCAGCCGCACGCGGAGUGGCUGCAGCUGCAGCUGCGCCGGCUCGGCGUGCCCGACUGGCAGUACGCGCUCUAGCCGCCGCCGCCGCCGCCGCGCAUUGCAGCCGAGCGCGGCAAACUUUACACAAAAAACAAUUAUAACAUUUAGUUUAACUCGUAUUACUAAUGUUGUCAUUUUUAUUUAAUUAUAGAUUACCCAUAGACGUAAGUUCAAUAAACAUUGCUUAGUAACACUCGUUGUAUGUA